AUGGCGCAACAACUGAGAAAGCUUACCGUUGGAUUGAGGAUUGCUGUGAUUCAACUAAAUCCUCAGAUUGGCCACGUCAGUGAGACCAUAGCUAGAGUGAAUGCUCUGAUAUCGAGAAUAGAAAAAUACAAGCCUGAUAUCGUGGUUUUUCCGGAAUUCGCCCUCUCAGGCUAUAAUUUCCAUUCUCGCCAACAGAUCGAACCCUAUCUGAAUACGGCAGGUCAGGGUCCUGAAUGGGACUUAUGUCAGCGAAUUUCCCGUCAACUCUCGUGUGUCACAGUGAUGGGCUAUCCGGAGAAAGGUGAUGACCGCUCAGAACAAGUGAACUACAAUUCUGUGAUAGUCGUCAACUCAAAGGGAGAGCUGGCAUUCAACUACCGCAAGUCGUUCCUGUAUCAAACCGACGAGGAAUGGGGUUGUAGCGAGAACCCAGCAGGGUUUCAAACAUUUAAGCUUCCUUUCGCCAAAAAAGCGCGGGACUCAGAUGGUCGCUUGCAUGAUAUCAGCAUUAAAAGUGCGGUUGGUAUUUGCAUGGAUCUGAGCCCCUACAAAUUUGAAGCACCUUUCCAAGAUUUUGAGUUUUCCAGUUUUCAUGCUGAAAAUGCAACUGAACUCAUUUUGUUCCCAAUGGCGUGGCUCAGUUCUGUAUCGGUCACUUCGAGCACCGAAAAUCCAAGCCUGCGGAGAAAAGAGAUAGCAGAGUCAUUGAAAAGCCUUCAUUUACCAAUGUUUGGCUCUCAAGGUGAUUAUCACUUGGAUGUGAACCUACUCGAUGGCACUAGUGUCAAGGAAAACCCGGAAGUUAGUGCUCGGGAGCGUGCUCUUGAGAGUUCGAAUGCUGAAGAGACACAUAUCUUCAAGCGUCUUGGUCAACCUGAUAUGUCUAACUUGAAUUAUUGGAUAUUACGCUUCAUGCCCUUCUUAGCAUAUGAAGACCGAAAAAGCUGGCUUAUGGAAGGGCUUCUCAAUCCGAUUUUGAGUAAAAUUCGAGGUCUACGCACCUCAUAUAUGGGUGGGACUUGUAACAAGCCAUGGGUGUUCGAGAAUCGUAACGCCGUUGCUAUCAUGUGCAAUCGCUGUGGUGUUGAAGAUGGAUCUACGGUCUUUGCGGGAACUUCAAGCAUUUUUAAAUUCAAUGGUCAACAUGGUGAUACAGAAAAAAGUCUGGAUAGUUCAAACAGUAGUGUCGACGUCGUGGGUAGUCUUUCUGAAGGCUACGAAGGAGUGCUGGUUCGAGACGUUGAGUUCGAAGUCAAUCGAUAA